AUCAACGAUUACCUUUAAAUGAGUAAAUUGUUAAUGUUUAUUGAUAACCUUGGACUUAGGUACGACAUAUAGUAGAUCAGAAAAGGUUGAAGUAAUUUUAAAUAUAGUAUUACCACGAAUUUUUAAUCAUGGGAUCUGAAACCGUGAGUCCUGUUAAAUAUUUCCUUAGUGGAGGAUUUGGUGGAAUAUGUACAGUAGUUGCUGGCCAUCCUCUUGAUACUAUUAAAGUGCGUCUUCAAACUAUGCCCAUUACUAAACCAAAUGAAAAGCCUUUAUACACAGGUACAUUAGAUUGUGCUAAAAAAACUAUAACAAAAGAAGGAAUACGUGGUUUAUACAAGGGUAUGGGAGCACCACUAGUUGGAGUGGCACCUAUAUUUGCAAUGAGUUUUUUGGGAUAUGGUGUUGGAAAAAAAUUACAACAAAAAAGUCCAGAUGAUAAGCUCACUAUACCACAAUUAUUUUAUGCUGGUGCAUUUAGUGGAAUAUUUACAACUAUUAUCAUGGCACCUGGUGAACGGAUAAAAUGUCUAUUACAAAUACAACAUGCAGAUGCAGAGAAAAGAUAUAAAGGUCCUUUUGAUUGUGCUAAACAACUUUAUCGAGAAGGAGGUCUUAGGAGUAUUUAUAAGGGUACAUGUGCUACCUUUUUGAGAGAUGUACCUGCAAGUGGAAUGUAUUUUAUGACGUAUGAAACUAUACAAAGGUGGAUAGUACCCGAUGGAGGAAAACUAGGUUUAUUAUCAACAAUAUUAGCCGGUGGUUUUGCUGGUGUUGCCAAUUGGAUAAUUGGUAUUCCACCAGAUGUUUUAAAAAGCCGAUUGCAAGCAGCACCUGAAGGCACGUAUAAAAAAGGUAUUCGUGAGGUGUUCGCACGUUUGCUAAAAGAGGAGGGGCCAAGAGCACUUUAUAAAGGGUGCACACCCGUUAUGUUACGUGCUUUUCCCGCAAAUGCAGCGUGUUUUCUUGGAUUUGAAGCAGCUAUGAAUUUUUUAAAUUGGGUAGCACCUAGUUUAUAAAAUUGAACUUAUGACUGCAAUAGCAAUUGUUCAAAUGGUUUAUUAUACUUUUGUUGAUCAUACUUUUUAUACAAUGUACUAUUUUAUAGAUCAUACUAAAACUGUAUCAAUGCAAUCUCAUAAGCAGUACUAACAAAGUUAACAACAAAACUUGCCUCAUCUGUUGAAUGAUAAUUACUAUUAUAGGUUUAUUACAUUUAACUAUAGGUUUAUUCAAAUAUUGAAUUUUUAAAUUGUUUGUUUAUAAAAUGUUAAAAUUUUUUAUAUUACUUUUAUAUUAUUCAGCAGAGAAUUUAUUUUAAUUGAAUUUUGUGAGAAUAAAAUAAUAUAGUUUAUAAAGGAAAUAAAACAUAUCAGCAAUAUGAUAUUAAGAAGGAUAUAGAUCCUUCAUAUAUAUAUCACUGCCAUACAUAUCAUAAGCCAAAAAAUAUUAAU